AGAUGGCACUAGUGUCGCUUACUCAUUGUCCGUAUAAAUUCAUUGAACAGGCAUUAUUUUCGUUUAUUUCGUUUUGACAUUUUCAUCUCAACUUAGUGGAGGAAAGAUUAUUAAAAUUUAAUUAAAAAACUUGUUAAAAAUUGUAUAAGAAAAUAAGGUGCUAAAAUUACACAAGAAAAUAUGGACAUACUUGAUAGGAUAUAUGGAGGAUGGCGUUAUAUAAUGGAGCAGAAAUCAGAUCCGCGAACUAGAAAUUGGUUUAUGAUGAACAGCCCAUUACCGACAAUUGCCUUGAGUGCAACUUACAUUAUCACAGUGAAGAUUAUCGGUCCAAAAUUAAUGGAGAAUCGAAAGCCACUCGAAAAUGCAAAAAAACUUCAAUUCUAUUAUAACUUAUUUCAUUUACUCAUCAAUGUUUUCCUUUUCUAUGAGGCAUGCGCGACUGGUUGGCUUACAUAUUAUUCCUUCCGAUGUCAACCGGUUGAUUUUAGUAUGGAAGGAGUACCAUAUCGUAUCGCCGUGGAUUGUUGGCUGUAUUUCUUAAGUAAAUUUACCGAUUUCUUUGAAACGUGUAUAUUUGUGAUGCUUAAACGAUUUGAUAUGAUUAACCUUUAUCAUGUUGCGCAUCAUAGCAUUAUGCCUGUCUCAGUCUGGUGGGGUGUGAAAUUCUUAGCUGGAGGUCAUUCAACAUUUUUCGGCUUGAUCAAUACGUUCGUUCAUAUUGUUAUUUACACUUAUCUGCUUACCAUACAGCAAUUCCCAUCAACAAAAAAUACAAUUUUCUUCUGGUGGAAGCCAUUCUAUCCGUUUUUCCAGAUUGCCCAGUUCGGUCUAAUAUUCCUUCACGCAUUCCAAUUGAUAGUAAGCAAUGAAUGCAACUAUCCUAUGAGUUUUGUAUAUUUCAUUGGCGGUCAUGCAGUGCUAUUUUUCAUAUUAGUACGAAGUAAAAUGCAUUCUGAUAAAUUAAAGCUUCUAAAAGUUGAACCGAAUACCAAAAAGCAUGAAACAGACGAAAAUCAAAAUGUAAUUGAGAAAGUAAUUGAAUCCACCUACGAAACAACGCGGCAAAGAGUACUUGUAGAGCCAUCACGAUGAAGAUGUAACAAUUUAUGAUGAGACCAUUCCUCUAAGGUUAACUGUCUUUAAACGCUUUAUAAAUAUUUGAUUAAAUAAAUAGAAAUAUAAGUUUAGACAUUAAGAAAAAAAUUUAAGAUCAAACAGUGUCAAAACAUUAAGCAUUGGUAUUUAGCUUCAUGGAUAUUGAAAGUCAAGUUCAAUAAAACAGGUGUAAACAUCUCUUUAAAUAACGAUUGUUUUUAUAGUUUGAAAAACGAUAGCAAGUUGAUUUUCCAGUGGACUAUAUUUCAAUUCCAA